GUGAAAAACUAAAGUCAAAGUAAAUAUGAAUUUAGAAUAGUAGUUAUAUUUUAUUAACCAAAUACCGAAAAAAACCGAACCGAACCGAAACCAAUCCGAUAUCCGGAUUAAUCCAAAUGAAGCCAAACUAUUGUUUCAUUUUCCAAAAUAUAAUAAAAAUAAUAACUUAAUCCUGCGCAAGGCGCGGGUCUUAUCCUAGUAACAUGGUGAAAACCAUACCACUAUCCGGUAGUCAUGUCCUGGCAAUGGGAUUUGGAAGUUCAAAGAUAAUUGGCUAAAAUUAGAAAACAUGGGCCUCAUUUUCAAGUUAUAUGAGAGCAAGGCCCGGCCCUCGAUUACACUAUACUUUUCAAUUAAAAUAUAAUAAAUAAUUAGCCCAAAAUUUAAACUAAAAAUUGCUCAAUCCCAGCAUUGAAAAUGAAAACCUUAAGUUUGGUCAGAUUGACAAAAAGUACAAAAAUAAAAGAAUUACAAAAAGAGAGAUCGUGAGACGCAUAAUCAUUCCCCCGCUCGGUCAACGGACAAUAGAUCCCUACCAAAAAAAAAGAACCUCAGAAAUUAAAGUAAAAAUACAUAACUAAAAAAAGAGAAGGAAAAAAAGACAGAACACGAAGAAAAAAAGACAGAAAAUUCAAUUAGAUAGGUUUUGUAGUUUUUCCCGGCGAAAAUGGAGAAACCUGAAAACCACGCAAUGGAAUCCGAAACUCUUGAUCACCACAAAUCCGACGAUCAUUCCGAUGAAUCGGAACAACAAUUGGCGACGGAGACUCCCAAAUCAGACUCAUCUUCCCAGCUCAGCCUCACCCAGGAGAUGGAAGCCGUCGACGAUUUCAUUCAAUCCCUCUCCUCCUCCACGGAUCCGUUAAAAGAGAUUCCUCCAUCGGUGGAGCCAUUCCCGGAGACGGUCGAUUCCUUGGUCUCCAAGAUGGAAUCCUCCGGUCUGGGGCGUGACGAAGCAGAGGACUCUGCAUUCAUCCUCGCCGUUAACCGGAUUUCAAAAUCGGUUCUGACAUUGAGAGAGCUCCGGCUCGAUUCAACCCCGGUUUCCUCGUGGCUAAACCGGGCGAGCUCGGUUCAGAACCGUGCAGCGUCCCUCCUCGACGAAGAGUUUCGUCACCUCCUCGAUCGUUCAAGAGAGAAGAAUAAAAACAACAAAAACGCUGACUUGUCGUCCGAUUCGACUCAGGUCGAAUCGGACCGAUGCGUCUUGCAGGAGGAAGAAACGUUCCCGGACUUUCCACCGGAAUCGAUCUCCACCCUCAAGAAGAUCGCCGGAGCCAUGAUCUCCGCCGGCUACGAAGCGGAGUGCUGCAUGUCGUACGAGAUGUCGAGGCGCCACGCGUUCAAGGAGGAGCUCAGCGAGGUCGGGUUCGAAGGGAUCAACGUGGAGGACGUGCAGAGGAUCCCAUGGGAGUCUCUCGAGGGAGAGAUCGCCAGCUGGAUCUCCAUCGUCCGCCGCUGCUCCACCGUGCUUUUCCCCGGCGAGCUUUCUCUCUGCACCGCCGUGUUCUCCUCCGAGGACCACGCGGCGACUCGCAAACGCCUCUUUACCGGCCUCGUCUCCGCCGUGACGAUCAGGUUUCUUGAUUUCUCCGGUGCCGUGGUGCUCACGAAACGGUCCUCCGAGAAGCUUUUCAAGUUCCUUGACAUGUACGAAACGCUGAGAGACUUGGUCCCAGCCGUUGAGCAGUCUGACUCGGAUCUCAUCGAGGAGAUUAAGCUGGCUCAGACGAGGCUGGGAGAAGCGGCGGUGACUAUAUUCGGAGAGCUUGAGAACUCGAUCAAGACCGAUCAGGGGAGGACAGCUGUCCCUAGCGGAGCUGUCCACCCGUUGACUCGCUACACCAUGAACUACCUCAAGUACGCGUGCGAGUACAAAGACACUUUAGACCAAGUGUUCCAAACAGAACCCGAACAAGAGACAAGACGAAACCAAAGAGAAGACGACGAGGAGUACAAAGUCUCAGCCUUUGGUAGACAAAUGAUAAAAGUGAUGGAACAUCUUGAUGCAAAUCUUGAAGUCAAAUCAAGACUAUACAGAGAUCCAGCACUGAGAUCCAUAUUCCUAAUGAACAACGGGAGAUACAUUCUACAAAAGAUCAAAGGGUCGACAGAGAUUAGGGACUUGAUGGGACAAGCGUGGACGAGGAAGAGAUCAACGGAGCUUAGACAGUACCACAAGAGCUACCAGAGAGAGACUUGGGGGAAAGUGUUGCAAUGUAUGAACCAAGAAGGGAUCCAGGUGAAUGGGAAAGUGUCGAAGCCAGUUUUGAAAGAGAGGUUCAAGGUGUUCAAUGCUAUGUUUGAUGAGAUUCACAAGACGCAGAGUACUUGGAUUGUGAGUGAUGAGCAGAUGCAAUCGGAGCUGAGGGUUUCUAUCGCGGCGUUGGUGAUUCCGGCUUAUAGGUCUUUCUUUGGGAGGUAUAAGCAGCAUAUUGACUCAGGGAGGCACUCGGAUAAGUAUGUUAAGUAUCAGCCUGAAGAUAUUGAGACUUAUAUUGAUGACUUGUUUGAUGGGAAUCCACCUUCUAUGGCACGUAAGAGGACUUGAAAAAAACUAUGAGGGUGUGACAUAUGAUCUGGUUCCUUUUGCUUCUUCUUAUUUUCUUCUAUGAUUAUUUUUCAUUUCGAUUAUGUUUAUAGAACCGUUUCUGAGACUACCAUGGAAACUUUUUGUUUUACGUAUUGCUUUCUCUUUUAAAAGUUUGGGAAUUUUUAUUU